CAAAUUCAACAUGGCUUUUGCUUUGCUUGUCCACAAAUGGCAGCCGAGUUGUAAAUCUGAAAUACCUGUGGCAGAUAAUUAACUUAAUAAUAAUAGUUACAAUCGCAUUCGAUUUCGGAGUGUUCAUUUUGUUUUGCAAUAGUUUAAAAUUACGAUUUUUGAUUAGAUUCAAUUGAGUGUAUCUAAAUAAUUCUUAUCGUUGUUGUAAGCGGCAGGUGAGGUGAUAAAAUAGUCAAUAAAUCAAAUAAAGAUGAAUGAAUGAGUUGUUGCCGGCAAUUAAUUUCAAUUCAACAAUGAAGGGAUACAUUUUUUCUCGCGCUUGAAGUUAUAAUGAGGCGGUCAAUAUGAAGGAGAUGGUAGGAGGAUGCUGUGUGUGCUCGGACGAGCGUGGCUGGCCAGACAACCCGCUGGUCUACUGCGACGGAAACGGAUGCACCGUUGCAGUACACCAAGCGUGUUACGGGAUUGUUACUGUUCCAACGGGACCUUGGUAUUGCAGGAAAUGCGAGAGUCCAGAUUCUAAAGGAAAAGUUAGAUGUGAGCUCUGCCCGUCAAAGUCGGGCGCCCUCAAACGGACGGAAACUGAUGGAUGGGCGCACGUCGUAUGCGCUCUCUACAUACCUGAGGUCAGGUUUGGAAAUGUCACGUCUAUGGAACCCAUAGUGCUCCGGCUUAUACCACAAGAGCGUUAUAACAAGACAUGUUAUAUUUGCCAAGAUUUGGGUAAAACACACCGCGCUACUGUUGGAGCUUGCAUGCAAUGCAAUAAAUCUGGUUGCAAACAGCAAUUCCACGUGACUUGUGCACAAAGCCUCGGCUUGCUUUGCGAAGAAGCCGGAAAUUACUUGGAUAAUGUAAAAUAUUGCGGCUAUUGCCAGCACCAUUACAGUAAACUGAAAAAGGGCGGUAACGUGAAGACGAUCCCGCCGUACAAGCCGAUAUCCCACGACAGUCAGUCUAGCGACUCUAGCGGCGAGAAGGACGGCGAGUCCUCGCCUAUGGCCAGUGGCAGCGCCACGCCAACACAUACCGGUAAAACAAAAGGGCCCGGACGAAAGUCGACGCACAGCAGUAGUGCGGCUUCAGGAAAAAAUACCCCAAACGCGUCCAAGACCCCUGCCAGUUCUGCGCAGCCCAUGGAGACAAAUCAAGAGGCGCCAGAGCGGUCGCCGGUCAGCCGAAAACACAAAAGCGGCGAUAAAAGCGGCAAAUUGCAUCACUCAUCAGAUAAGAAGAAACCCUCUCCGUCGCGCCGCGGCUCGUCUGCAGGAGACGGCGGAGGCUCCGGGAGCAAGGCCAGCACCCCGGCACCCUCGCCGCAGCACAACUCCGACACACCACAAGCACAAGCCGCAAAACCAGCAGGUGGUUCGACGCCGUCCAGCGGUUCCAAGGCGACGCCGCCGGCCGCCUCGCCGAGCUCUAUCAAAGCGCCGGAGUCGGUGGGAGUGAUAAGCUCAGUCGCCUCCGCCGCAGCCACUGCCUCUGCCGCCGCUAUAGCUACUAGCUCUGCAUCGAACAGUUCAGUGGUGCAGACGUCUGCGCCCAAGACUUCGUACCAGGAGUCAGUAAUCACCAAUACGGAAUCGGUGGAUACCAAGCACACCAAGAAGAGGAAGGCUAUAGCCGCCGCCAACAACAACCAACCGAUCGACUACGCAGCCACCACACCGCCCACCGGGCCGUCAGGUUCCAAUUCUCAGAGCGGCAAUACUUGGGAAACACCUCUCGCGCCCUCCGAGGCACAGCUUGAGGGAGCAGAGAAAGUCAUCAAGAAGGCGAAGACAGAAGGCACAGAUCCUCACUCGCAGCACUUCUCAAGCAUCAGCCCCGCCCCGCCCCCGCCGCCGCCGCCGCCGGCGCACAGCCCCGCCUCCCAGCCAAGCCCUAGACACCUGCCAAGUCCCAUGCCAGGUCCAAGCGGCCUGAACCCGAUCUCCGCUAUCCGGUCGCCGUCACAGCCUCAGGGCGGGAAGGGCGACCGCGAACCGCCGGCGUCGCUGCUCGUGUCGGUGCCUCUGCCCUCCACAAGCCACGGACUCAACCUCACCGCGCACUCACAGGUGUCAGGCGCGGGGGAGAUGCACGGACCCUCACCUUACAUAUUCCCUCAGCCGCCGAAACAAGCUGCUACGGAACCCGGUAUCCCAGGGCAUUCUUCACACGCCGUGCCCACCCGCUCAUCCUGGAACAGUCUUCACGUGUCAUACGAAAUGCAAGACCCCAACAAGCCAGGAGACAGUGACAAGCCAGACCCUGGCGAGCAUCCGUCGCCCACCACAGGCGACACCGCCACCCAUAUAUCAGGAGACUAUUAAAGAUUCGCCGCCGAGCUCGCCAAGUUCAGAAAGGCCACUGAAACCAAAGAUGGAAUCAAAGAUCGGCGCGAGCUGCACCGCGCCGCACAUGCUGGGCAACGAGCUGAAUCCGGAGAGCGGCGCGGCGGCCCGUUUGCAGGAGCAGCUGAGCGCGGAGCUGGCGGCGCACGCGGCCGGCUCCGUCGGCGGCGACCCGCUCGUGCCUCCACCGCUCAUCAACAAGGCAGCGCCGGGUGCGGGCAACACCGCGGGACGCGGCUCGUCCAGCGCGCAGAGCCUCGACCAGCUGUUGGAGCGGCAGUGGGAGCAAGGCUCACAGUUCCUCAUGGAGCAGGCGCAACAUUUCGACAUAGCUUCGCUGCUGUCGUGUCUGCAUCAGCUGCGUACAGAGAAUGUGCGUUUAGAGGAGCACGUAGGCAGUCUGCUGCAGCGGCGCGACCACCUGCUCGCGGUCAACGCACGGCUAGCCAUACCUCUCACCACUGCUGGACCGGCCGAGCCCCCUCGCUGUCCCCGCGAGAACGGAGCGCAGGUGCGGCCACCGCCGCCGCCGCCCGUGCGCGCCGCUGAAACCAUCACCUCGGAACGCUCUCACCAGCUGAUGAUGCGUGAGGUGCAGCAAAAGCCUAGCUGAAAGGAGCCUAGCGGCGGAGGAGGCAGCGGCGCCGGCGUCAUCGCCGGGUACGGCGCGGUGGGCCGAGCCGGCCCCAGCAGAAACGCCGUUGUAGCUAGCCCUAUGGGUGGCGCGAUGCACAGUGCGAUGAGUAGCGCCAUGAGCAACGUGAUGAACAGUGCGAUGACCAGUGCCAUGAGUUACGCGAUGAACCAUGCGCUCAGCGGUGCCAUGAGCGGAGUUAUGGGCGGGCCGAUGGUCGGAACAAUAGGUGGCGGCAUGAUCCCUGUUAUGAGCCCUGCUAUGAGCUAUCCUAUGUUAACCGGUUUGAAUUAUCCCAUGAACAAUGUUGUACAUA